UUAUCCAACACCGCACCGAUACAAAACAAACACAAAUCGUCUCUCUCAUUUUCUCUCUCUCUCUGAUUCUCUCUCUUUUGUCUCUCUUUAAUGGCGAUGAUGGUGGAGAAUAGCUAUGGUUACGGUGGUGGAGGCGGCACCGGAGAAAGGAUACAGUUGAUGGUCGAAGGUCAAGGAAAAGCGGUUCCGGCGCCGUUUCUGACGAAAACUUAUCAGCUUGUCGACGAUCCAGCGACGGAUCAUGUUGUUUCUUGGGGAGACGACGACACUACUUUCAUCGUUUGGCGUCCACCGGAGUUUGCUCGUGACCUUCUUCCUAAUUACUUUAAACACAACAACUUCUCUAGCUUCGUUCGUCAGCUCAAUACUUACGGUUUCAGAAAGAUUGUUCCAGACAGAUGGGAAUUUGCGAACGAGUUUUUCAAAAGAGGAGAAAAACAUCUACUCUGCGAAAUCCACCGGAGAAAAACAUCUCAGAUGAUACCAAACCAACACUCUCCGUUCAUCACUCACCAUCCUCCGCCGCAGAAUCCAUUCUCCUCCGGCGGCGCAUCUUUCUUCACUUUACCACCGCGUGACGUCUCCGCCGCAAUGGACGACCAUUACUGGUGCGACUCUUCUCCUCCGCCGAGACCAAGGUCCGUACCAACCACCGUCGACGCUCAAGUCACCGCAUUAACCGAAGACAACGAGAGGUUACGACGGAGCAACACCGUUCUAAUGUCGGAGCUUGCUCAUAUGAAGAAACUCUACAACGACAUCAUCUACUUUGUUCAGAAUCAUGUCAAGCCUGUUGCUCCGAGCAACUCUUACUUAUCUUCUUUCCUACAGAAACAGCAACAACCUCCUCUUCCUCCUCAACCUCUCGAUUAUUACAACAAUGCCACUGUCCCUAACCUCAAUGCCUUGAACUCUCCUCCUACUUCUCAAAGCUCCAUUACUGUUCUUGAAGAUGAGACUAAUAAUCAUGAGAGUAAUACGAGAAAGACGAAGCUUUUUGGGGUUUCUUUGCCUUCGUCGAAGAAGAGAUCGCAUCAUUUCUCAGAUCAAAGUAGCAAAACUCGACUUGUGUUGGAUAAGUCAGAUCUUGGAUUGAAUCUCAUGACUGCUCCUACACGUUAAGAGUCUUAAUUUUUUGUUUUUUUUUCCUCUCUUUUUGGUUAAGUAUGCAGCAUUAAUGUUGUUUAUGAUGAAUAUGAAUAUGGAUUAAUAAUCUUCUUCUAAUUAUCAUUUUUUUUUCUUCUGUUUCUUGUUUCCUUUUUGUUAUUAACAUUUGUCUUGUUUUGUUUUU